AUGCAGUGGGAGCCCAAUCCUCUGGUGGGUCUGGGUUUCGCGGCGGAUUGCGAAUCGAGAGAGAUGAAUGAUGGCAGAGAGGCGAUCUUUAUUCGCCGGAAUCUGGGUUCCUUCACCUUUCUUAGUCGACAUAAUAUAGGUGUAAAUCGAACAUGCAUGCACCCAGAAAGCAUCUUAGAACUCUCUGAGAUUGGAACUGAAUCAGAAUUCCAGAGCAACUCUCCCUCUCCGCCUCUUGUUUCAGAGAAUCAUGAAGAAGGACAAGGUGGCAGGAACACCAAUCCGCCUGUUCCUAUCACUGAAACUCCGAGAAUGGAGCAAAGGUCCCCUGUUACUGGAUUGGAAGGAGAAACAGAGCAGGUUGAUUCGACUGCUCAACAUUCAGCUGCAGACCUGCUGUCAUCAGAGGGUGGAAGUUUGAAUGGGACGACCAAAAAAAGAAAAGGAAGAGGACCAGAAAAGGGUGUAAAGCCUGGACACAACCUGUCCCUGGAAUUUCACGAUAACAGGAUAAUUACCACUCAAGCAGCCCGUGAAACAGCUAUCUUCAAAAGGAGCAUCAAUGGGCCUUGGAUUACGUUCUCAGAGUAUCCUGCUUCAGAACUCAAGAUUGUGAUAACUCGUUUCAAGGACUCAGGAUUCACUUACACUGGGUCAAAAGAGACUUUCAACGAUAUGGUCAGAGACCACGUGAAGAGAAACUUUCCCCAGUGGAUGUAUGGUCUCCGAGACCGAAUUUUCAAGAAGUAUAAGGAUCUGAAUCAAAGAAUGAACCAUCCACCACCACAAAUUAGUCCAUCAAUUUGGAGGGAGAUGGUUCAGAAAUGGACUAACCCGAAUUGGGUGGAAAUGACACCAUUGACCAAGUACAGACAUGAAGAGAUAAAGCAAAAUGGAAAAGAACCUGAUCCGAUCGAGAUGUUUAGACGUUUCCAUGUGAAGAAGGACAAGAACUGGGUUUCGUCAAAAGCAAAACCCUACAUGAUGGAAUGGUACAAGUAG